UUUCUAGCAAUAGCGUUCGGAUUGUUGCCUCGACGAAGCUCGGGAUCUUGUCGAAAACAAUCACGUAGCAACAUGCGCGUAACAAUUCCUUGUAAAUUUCAUUUCGAGGUCUGCGACAGAUAUACGACGGACAGCGCGUGUUCAAAGGCCAAGAAAUAAUCGCAAAUUCGGAGGUCGGCGACUCAAGGCUUUCGUGCAGUGAAAAUAUAAAAUUUGCUAAUCGAAACUCUCCUCGCAUGAUCGCCGCCCAAUAAAUUCAAAAUGAAUACAAAUCUGUUUUAACUUUCGUGAAGAUUUUUCUUAUACUGAGAAAAAUUUUCAUCGGAUAAACUAAUUAGUGUUUUCGAUGGGUAAUUUUUCCGAUUACGUUUUUCGAUUAAAUUAUAGAUACAUCCGAUAAAAUUCAGUCGCAAAUUUGACUGAAAAACCGAUUGCAUUUUUCAUCAGAUGUACAAUUUAAUCGAAUAUAUCCGUUUAUUAUUAUGUAAUAGAAUUAUUCGAUUAUAUUUAAUCGGACAUUUUUCUCAGUGUGUCUCUCGAUAAAAUUUUGUUCGGUAAUUGACUCAAAAAUUAGCUUUCUUGUGCAAAAGCUCGUUAAAGAUAACCUUCCGAAUGUAGGUGAUGCUUUUUGUAAGAUACCUUCCUGUUUACUUUCUGAGAUAACCGAUUCUUUUCCGGAAUCUGAGUGAAAUAACCCGGAAACACAACCGAGUAAGAAAAAUUAAAAAAUGGAUUACGUAAGAAUCAAGCUCUCUCGCAGCUGAAUAUCCUGUUUGCGACAAAAAGUUGACAUUCGAGUUUCUUGUGAAGUCUUGCAACGUCCUGUUUUGUCUCGAUUAAUUCUGGAGAGUCAGCUAGUAAUUAAAUGACCGAUGAACAUAUAUGUUCAAUAUAUUGAUAUAAUUGUUACAAGUUGAUAUGGCAACGCGAGUGUUUAUUCCGGGUUGGGUCUGGCUUUCUAUCACGAGAAUGCUGGAGACUGCGACGACAAAUGCAGUAAAAGGAAAUUAAUUAAACGAAUUUGAACAUUGGUAUUAAUUGAAUAACAAUGGCAACGGGUGGUAAAGGGAAAAAGAAGGCCGGUGCGAAGACGAACGGAAAAAAUAAUGGGAAAGGUAGUAAAGGUGGCAAUGGCAAAGGAUCGAAGAAAUCAAGAAGAAGUGGUAGGAAGGCACGAUUCGCCAUGGACAUCUUUAACGAGGAGGUGAUGGAAAACGCUUAUUAUACAUGCCACAACAUCAUGGACGUGCUGAAGUGCCGAGGUUUCCCGUGGCCAGAGGCUCAGAAAAAAAAGGGAAAGAAGAAGAAAUAGCCGAAAUAACGUGCGAACAACAGAAAAAAUAUAUAUACCUGUAAAACAUAUUAAAGUUGCAUAGCUAAAAAAAUAUAGAAGAAAUAGUA